GGCAUGUGCAGAGCUGCAGGGCUGUAAGCAGAAGGUGGCGUGGGCAAGGUAGGUAAGGAGGACCCGUAGCUAGAAGAAAAGCAGAUGCUGCAGGGAGGAGCAAGCUGUGGUGCAACCAAGUGUGGGGAGUCCAGCAUCAGGAGACUGGGCAGCAAGAAGCAUAAGAAGACCAGAGAGAAUCUUGCAGGUGGGGACUGAGAGACACUGUGCUUUGCUUUCAUCUACAUGACCGCUCUGGUAACAGGACCUGCUGUCUACUGCAAUUGUUCCUCUUUCAAGCGAUCUACAGCUGCGAGCCAGUGUCUGCUCCUUCUCUGUGCUGGGGAUCAAACACCCUGCAUUUUGCCUCUCCUUCCAAUGGGACCGAGGAGGGUAGCUAAGAAAUAUAUCAGUUGCUCAGCAACUUCUUGUCCCCUGAGGAGGACAACGUAAGCUAUAUUCACCAGCCUCCUGGGCUGUUCUCUGCACAACUGGAAAUAGUGCUACCCUGACUUUUUCCAAGCUACUCCUACCCAGCCUGAGGAUUUUCUCCCCGUGAAGCCUCCAAAACCUCCAUUUCAGAAAGAAAAGCCAUUGCGCAGGGUGUGCUGACCCAUCGCGGCAGGACGGUGCAGGACAAAGGCCGAGCUGAAGGGACAUGGAAUCAGGUUAUUGAUCACUGAGAAGACCUUGAGCCUGGAUAAAUAGAUAUCCUCCUCUCUUCCCUGCUCCAUGCGUGUGUGAGCUGGCUUGUGUAGAGAGCGUGGGCCAGGCCUCACAAACAGCAGCAGGUUUCAAAGGAAAACAGAAAGACUUUGGGGGCCGCUGUGCACAGGGUGACAGCAGAAGAAAGGAGAAGGAAGGUGCCCCGAUGGAGGCCGAGGAACAGGAGGAAGAUGCCAACUCGAACUCCCUCUCAAAGGAUGAAUCAGAGACUAGCUCGCGUGACUACCUCCGCUACGUACCCCUCGGGAUAGCCUUUCUUUUGCUGGUUGGAGCUGCUGCAGCAACCUGGUAUUUCCUAGACUACAGACCGUGGCACCUGGAACCAGCCAUCCUGCAGUUUUACUCUGGCAGUCUUCAGGUCCUCAAUCGCCAAUACUCCCCGGACCUUGGGAGGCUGGAAUCCAGAGCCUUCUGGCUGGAGUCAUCUAAGCUCCAGAAUAUGCUGAAGGAACUGAUUCGUGCCACAGAGCUGGGUCGAUAUUACAACUCAAGCACAGUGUAUGCCUUUGGGGAGGGGGCUCUGACCUUCUUCUUCUGGUUUGCCCUCCAAAUCCCUGAGAGUCAGCAGAAGGAGAUGACUGCUGAGAGAGUAAACACAAUGCUCCACCAAGAGCUCUCCACCAGCUUCAACAGCUCAGGCAGCCUGUCCUACCAGAAGGAGUACAGGGUCAACCCAGACUCACUGGUUCUGCUGGAAUCCAGUGUGAAAGACAUAGUAGUGCUGAAAUCCACUCUGGGUUGCUACAGGUACAGCUAUGUCCAGGAGGAUGAUGUCCUAAGGCUGGAGGGUCCUGACUACCUGGCCUCCAGUUGUCUUUGGCACCUCCAUGGUCUCAAUGGCUACAUGAUCAAGCUACGCCUGGAGUGGACUCUUUCAGACUGCAGGGACCGCUUGGCUAUGUAUGACGCAGCUGGUCCCCUGGAGAAACACCUUAUCACCUCGAUCUACGGCUGCAGCCGGCAGGAGCCUGUUGUGGAAGUCCUUUCAUCUGGCCCUGUAAUGUCCGUUGUGUGGAAGAAAGCCAUGUACAGCUACUAUGACCCUUUCAUCCUCUCAGCACAAGCAGUGCUCGUCAAAGCCUGUGAAGUGAAUAUAAGUCUGCAGGAGGGCCUGGAGCUGCAGGGGAAGAUUGGCACCCCACACUACCCCAGUUACUACUCACCCAACACGCAGUGCACCUGGCACAUGACGGUCCCAUCCCUUGACUAUGGGGUCACCCUGUGGUUCGACGCCUAUUCACUCAGCAGACAGAAGCAUGACCUGCCCUGUACCCAAGGCCAGUGGAUAAUUCAGAACAGAAGGUUAUGUGGCCUGCGGACCCUGCAAGCCUACGCUGAGCGAAUCCCAGUCACAUCCUCAGCUGACAUUGUCAUCAACUUCACCUCGCAGAUCUCCUUAACUGGCCCUGGCAUACAGGCAUCUUACAGCCUGUACAACCUAUCUGACCCCUGUCCCAGGGAGUUCCUGUGCUCAGUGAAUGGCUUGUGUGUCCCAGCCUGCGAUGGGAUCAAAGACUGCCCCAAUGGGUUGGAUGAGAGAAACUGUGUGUGCCCUGCAAAGUUCCAGUGCCAUGAGGACAGCACUUGCAUCGAGUUCAGCAGGGUCUGCAAUCAGCAGCUGGACUGUGCCAAUGGAAGUGAUGAGGAGCAGUGCAGUGAAGGGGUCCCCUGCAGCCCUUUCACUUAUCUCUGUGAAGAUGGAACCUGCCUGAAGAAACCCAACCCUCUGUGUGACACCACUGCAGACUGCAAGGACCUGUCCGAUGAGAAGCACUGUGACUGUGGGCUGCAAGCCCCUCUCAGCAGAAUCGUGGGUGGUGCGAAUUCUGUGGAAGGGGAAUGGCCGUGGCAGGCCAGCCUGCAAGUGCGAGGACGCCACAUUUGCGGGGGAACGCUCAUUGCUGACCGCUGGGUGGUCUCAGCCGCACACUGCUUUCAGGAUGAGAGACUGGCCUCUGCCUCCAUCUGGACCGUUUACUUGGGUAAAUAUUUGCAGAAUUCCACCAGCCACACAGAGGUGUCCUUCAAGGUGAUCCGUCUCUUCCUUCACCCUUAUUAUGAGGAGGACAGCCAUGAUUAUGAUGUGGCCCUGCUACAGCUGGACCAUCCUGUGCUCAUUUCACCCUUAAUCCAGCCCAUCUGCUUGCCUCCUCCUUCUCACAUCUUUGAGCCUGGCCUUCAUUGCUGGAUCACUGGCUGGGGAGCCCUGAAGGAAGGGGGGCACAUCAGCAAUGUUCUGCAGAAGGUUGAUGUGCAGCUCAUCCAGCAUGACGUCUGCAGCGAGGCCUAUCACUACAUGAUUUCUCCCAGGAUGCUGUGUGCUGGGUACCAACAGGGCAAGAAAGAUGCCUGCCAGGGUGAUUCUGGAGGUCCAUUGGCCUGCAAGGAACCCAGUGGAAGGUGGUUUCUGGCUGGUUUGGUCAGCUGGGGAAUGGGAUGUGCACGUCCAGAUCACUAUGGAGUAUACACGAGGAUCACUCAAGUGCUGGGCUGGAUGAACCAAACCAUGAGCUAAGAAAACUGCCGCGUGCUGUUCAGCGUGCUGUUCAGCUCAGCCAGGCAACUCUUCACGUCUCACUGACUCCCAGGCAAGAGUCCAGCAUCACACCCCCAAGCGCAUGUCCUGCCUCCCUUCUGUAGCAGCACCCAGCCUCCACUGCUGCACUUGGACUCCCUCGGGCAAAGGCCCCGGCCUCUCCGCAAAAAUAUUGGAGCAGCCUUCCAUCCCCUUCCCUCAGUCCUUCUACAUACUUUUAAAGUGAGAGUGCCUCAACUGCUUCCAUGUCCUAACGCAGAUAAUCCAGAAGGCUUUAAGGGCACAGUGCUUAAACAGUGACUGCUAUGAGCUUGGAUUUUUUACUAAAAAUAUACAUAUAUGUGUGUGUGUGUAAAUACACACACACACGGCCACUCUCUGGAAUUAGAAAUAAAAUUAAUUUGAUGAUGGGGGUUGGCUUUAGUUUGCCUUACUCUGUUAAAAAUUAUCUUGUGGUUUGUAUCUUUUUGACCAAACUCCAAUCCUAGC